AUGUUCAAGAAAUUAUAUAUGUCAAAUAAUUUGCAAUUAAAAUCAGGGAUUUUAAAUAUAUUAUGCAGAACUUUUGCUAGUGGAAAACUGCCUGAGUUUAAUCCACAAAUUGAUAAACCAUGCGCUGAAGCAAAAGCACCUUGUGAACCAGAACCACCAAAAUGUCCCCCAGAAACUCCAACAAAACGUACACGCAGUGAUAAAAUGUUACCUGAUUCAACAGAAAUAAUAACAGGUAAAGAAAAAAGUGAAUUAUAUGCAAAGGAAAAGGGUAAUCCAGAUCCUUAUAAUAUUGAUCCAGUUCGACGAAUGAAAGCUAGCAGUGAAAAUUCUCCAAAUUUAUUAAAAAGUGUUAAUUGUGAACGUAUUGUGGGUUGUAUUUGUGAAGAAGAUUCAUAUCAACCAUUUUAUUGGAUAAUUUAUGCUGGAAGACCAACCAGAUGUAUGUGCGGUCACUGGUUUGAAUUAGUACAAGUGCCAAAAGUUGUGGAAGAAUUCACCGAUGAAUGUACCGAUGAAGAAGAGUCGAAGUAAAAUAUA